GUGAAAAUUCAAUGGUUGUGAAUUGCAGCUUACGUUUUUGUGAUAAGCUCCUGGGUCCUUGCUGUGUCUCUGUUACCAUAUAAUGCUAACCUUGUAUUAUUAGACACCUUUAAAGUUUUAAACGUUACCUAACCAAAAAUAUAUAUUUGUAAAUUUUUUCGGGAGAAUAAUAUAUUGUAUUAUGAAUAUCGAAAGUAAAGAUAUUCUUGUAACUCGUUCACAACUUAAAGAAAACGUGUUAAACAAUAAGAGAGUAAUUGGAUAUGAAAAACAGCGCAAACAACUUUUGAACCUCUUAAAAGAAAGUAUCUACGCAGGGGAAUCAAAUUCCGCCCUCCUUUUAGGUCUUCGUUCUGUCGGCAAAACUUUGUUAGUUAAGAGCAUACUGCAAGAAUUACAAAACGAUUCUUUUGAAAAGAAUGCAAUUCUCGUAUGCCUAAACGGAUUGAUCCACACCGAUGAUAGAUUAGCAUUAAAAGCAAUUACAACUCAAAUGAAUUUGGAUAAUGCAGUUGAUGGGAAGGUUUUUGGAAGUUUCGCAGAAAAUUUAGCAUUUUUGUUGGCAUGUUUGAAGAGCGGAAGCAAAGAAACUACCAAGAGCAUUAUUUUUAUACUUGAAGAAUUUCAUUUAUUUUGUUCCCAUCACAAUCAAACUUUGUUAUAUAAUUUGUUUGAUGUUUCACAAUCGGCGCAAACUCCGAUAUGUGUUCUUGGUAUUACGUUCCAAUUAGAAAUUAUUGAAUCCUUGGAGAAAAGAGUUAAGUCUCGUUUUUCUCAUCGCCAAAUAUUUUUAUCUCCAAAGGAAGAUCACACUUUUGAAAUUGACAGAAGGUUGAAGAGAAUCCAGAAUGUAUUAUGCUUGAAACCGUCAACAAGGUUAAGUAAAAAGUAUGUAAACUCAUGGAAUAGACACAUUGAGGAUUUAAUUGAUGAUGAAAAGUUUCACACAUUCAUGCAAAGGGUUCUAGAGGUAGAUCCUGGUGAGCAAACUUUGAACAAUCUUAUGUUUCUUGUAGUUUCACAAUUAAAUGACCGAAAAACAAGGUUGACUUUAAAAGAUUUUGAGGACCAGUAUCAGUUAUUAGAGUCUGAAGAUAUAUUCCGUCUCAUCCGUGACCUUAGCGUCUUAGAGGUGUGUUUGUUAAUCGCGAUGAAGCACUAUAUUGAAAUAAAUGAUACAUUUACAUUCAAUUUUGAAAUUAUAUUGACUCGUUACAAUGCAUUUGUCAACAGCCAUUCCAACAUUCAAGAAUUUCAAAGAGCCACUGUUUUGAAAGCAUUUGAACAUUUACAGAAUUUGAGAUUGAUCGGCCCUGUGUCCGGCGUGGGGCUAUCGGCUCUACAAAAAGAAUAUCAGAAUUUUGAACUGUUGCUACCCCCAGAACAAAUAGUGGAAGCUAUACCUAAAUUAAAUUACUUACCUACUGAGGUUGCACAAUGGGCAACAUCUGAUCUGAUUUAAGUAUUAAAUGGUGUCUGAACUGAAUUCUAAUUAAGCAUUUAUUAUUG